AUGCGCAACUUCUUCGCGACCGCAUGCCUCAUUGGCAGCCUGUUUACCCAGCUCGGUUAUGCCGCGCCUCAGGACCAAGUCAAGGAGAAGCAGGCGAAAGUUGAUAAGUUUGUCAAAGAUGAAAGCACCGUAGCAAUCCAAGGUGUUUUGGCCAACAUCGGCCCGGACGGAUCGAAAGUCUCUGGAGCUGCCGCCGGUAUUGUGGUUGCGAGCCCAUCGAAAGUAGACCCGGACUACUUCUUUACCUGGACUCGGGACGCUGCAUUGGUCUUCAAGGCACUCGUCGACCGGUUCAUUGCUGGUGACCAGUCUCUCAAGGCCAAGAUUGACGACUAUGUCUCAGCUCAGGCGUAUCUACAAACCGUAUCCAACCCUUCUGGGAGGCCAGAGACUGGCGGCCUCGGUGAGCCAAAGUUCAACGUCGACCGGACAGCAUUCACGGGCUCGUGGGGAAGACCUCAACGUGAUGGCCCGGCACUGCGAGCCACAGCGCUCAUUGUAUAUGCGCAGUGGCUCGUUGCUAAUGGCGACACUGCUAGAGCAGCGAACACUGUCUGGCCGGUGAUUAGCAAAGACUUGUUCUACGUCAGUCGGAACUGGAAUCAGACAGGCUUCGAUCUGUGGGAGGAGAUCAACGGUUCAUCCUUCUUUACGCUUGCUGCCUCGCAUCGAGCACUCGUCGAGGGCAAUGCCUUGGCCGGGAAGCUUGGAAAGCCAUGCGACCAGUGUACCGCACAGGCCCCGGAGGUGUUGUGCUUCCUUCAGACCUUCUGGACUGGCAGCUACAUUGACUCAAACAUCAACACCAACGACGGCAGGACCGGAAAAGAUGCAAACUCAAUUCUGACAUCUAUCCAUGUUUUCGAUCCUACCGCCGGCUGCACUGACUCUACGUUCCAACCAUGCUCGCCGCGUGCGCUGGCAAACCACAAAGCGGUGACGGACUCGUUCCGCUUCUAUGCAAUUAACGCUGGAAUCCCGCAAGGCGUGGCCGUGGCUGUCGGCCGUUAUUCAGAGGACGUCUACUACGGUGGACAUCCUUGGUACCUCGCCACCCUGGCCGCCGCUGAGCAGCUGUACGAUGCGCUCUACCAGUGGAACCGACGGGGCUCGAUCACUGUGGACGCAGUCUCACUCGCCUUCUUCCGAGACCUAGUCCCCAACGUUGCGACCGGAACUUACGCAUCAAACUCCGCUACGUACAAAUCGCUCACCACCGCUGUCAAGAACUACGCAGAUGGCUAUAUGGCUGUCGUGCAGAAGUACACGCCGGCCAACGGCGCACUUGCCGAGCAGUUCUCCAAGACGGACGGCAAGCCCCUGUCGGCCGCCGACCUUACAUGGUCGUACGCUGCCUUCUUGACCGCCGCCGCUCGUCGAAAUGGCGUCGUGCCCGCCUCGUGGGGCGAGCCCACCGCGAACCGGGCGCCUGGUGUCUGCAAGGGCGGCAUCCCGCCGUGCACUGUCUCAGUCACUUUCAACGAGGUUGCGGGGACGUCGUUCGGCCAGAAUGUCUUCAUCGUGGGUUCUAUCUCGCAGCUCGCAAGCUGGAAUCCCGGCUCUGCAGUCGCGCUAGCUUCGGACCGUUACACGAACGAGAACCCGCUAUGGUAUGUGACGCUUCAGCUGCCGGCGAGCACAAGCUUUGAGUACAAGUACAUCAAGAAGACGGCGGAUGGGAGCGUCACUUGGGAGAGUGAUCCGAACAGGCGCUACACUGUACCGGACUGUGGAAGUGGUGCGGCGACGCAGAACGAUGUAUGGCGCUGA